GAGCGGCUCGACAGAUAGAGGGGGAGGGAGGGAGACGGCGAAAGGGAGCGAGCAAGGCGGCUGCAGGAAGGGAGCGAGCAAGGCGGCUGGCUCGCCCCGUCAACACCCCCUACCCCCCACCCGGCGCAAUCCCCUCCCCUGCCCUUGCUCACGGGCACAGGUGGGCUGGAACCCGGAUCGGAGCCAUGAGACGCCCAACUCUACCGGAGGACCCCUCGCUCCCAAACUGAGUGCAGGAGCAGACAACGGCAGCAGUAACGGAGAUGGAAGGGUCGCUGGACCCAGGAACCCUGCUCACGGCCGCUGACCUUCCCCGACCAGAUCCCGCGGGGCCUGCCUCAGCACCCAGGGGAGACGGAGGAGUGGGUAUGUCGGAACCCAUCGCAGAAGGCAGCGCGGCGCAGAAGGGGUUCCAAGUCUCCACCUACUUGCAGGUGCUGGAUCCGCCCAAUCUCCCUCCCGGAGGGACGUCCACCCCAGCAUCAGCGGGUGGCGAAACUCCGGGUGAGGACGUGCCCAACCAGACUUCACCUGUUCCCGAGACUUUGGAGCUGGAUACGAGCGCAGACAGCGGCCUGACCGGGGAGAGCGAGGAGGCGGAGGAGGAGGAGGAGGGCGUGGGGGACCCCCGCCCAUCGGCACCUCCUGACCCCGUGCAGCCAUGCCAGCCGAGCAGAAGCCCAGACAGGGGCGAGGACGGAACCGGCGUUGCGGCAAGGGGAAGCUGCCGCCUGCAGGGUGUUCGGCACCUCAGCCUGGAGCCGCUUCUCACGUUUACCAAUCACGGACACACGGCCACCAUCGUGACCCCGGACUGCGGGGAGCGCGAGGUGCUCUUCGACUUGGUGUACGAGGUUCAGAGCCGGCAAUUCAACGAUCAGCGGUACUCCAUCCGCAAAGAGAUCCGGGAUCGGCGUGGCUGCCACUCACUCCCCACAUCGCCGCUGGAUAGGAUGCAAUAUUUCUUCCGCUCCAUGUCCAACCUCCAAGCCGAGGAGUUCUUCAACCUGAUUGCCCGGUCCCAGAGCCGUCACCUUGAUGACCAGCAGGCCGACUUUGAGGAGUCGUCCGCCGGGGACAUGGGUCCAAAGAUCUGCGAGGAAUACAUGGAAUACCUGGAUCUAUUGGGGACAGAGGGAGCCCAGGUAGACGGGCAGCAAGAGACAACCCUGUUUACCUCAGACAGACCUCGUUCCCUGAAAGAGGAAGGCAUGGAACCCGUAGAGAAGGAGACCCCAGCAAAGGAAGGUGAAGUUCCAGUAGAGAGAAAGGAAUCCCCAGUAGAGAGUGAGCAGGUUCCAUCAGAGAAAGAGGAAAUCCCAACAAACCAAGAGAUGAUACCAAAAGAGGAAGAAGUUCCAGUCAAGGAUGGGAACACUCCAGGAGAGAAAGAGGAGUCCCGAGCAGAGGAUGUGGAGAUCCCAGCAGGACAGGUGCAAACAGAGAAAGGGGAAGCCCCAGCAGAACCAGCAGAAGGAGGUGAGGCUCCAGCAGAACUGGGGACAGCCCCAGCAAGGAAAGAGCAGAACUCUGCACCGAGAAAAUGGACUGGAGGUGGGAAGGACCCGGAUGAGGAGCUGUAUAACACCAUACUGAAGCACCAGUCGGCCAGAGCCCGGAUCGAGGACCAGCGAAGCAAGCCACCGGACCGCAGCCCGCGCGAGUUCUUUGAUCUGCUGCAGCGGCUUCAGGAGCGGCGGAUGGACGAGCAGCGGGCAGCCCUCCCUCCCAGCCUGGGCCCCGGUGCCAAGCGGGGGCUCAGCCCCCCGCCUGGGGACCGCCGGCCCUCUGUCUUCACCCCCCUGCUGAGGGGAGUGUCCCAGAAGAGGGCCAACUCCAGCUAGGCCCCAGUGUGCAGGGUGGGGUGGGCAGGCCUAGGCCCUCACCCAGGAUCCCUACCCCACUCUCACACCCAGGGUGCUGUGGUGAGCUGGUAUUCAGGGAGGUAGAAGUAAGAUGGAGGGGGGUAACAAAAAUUCUGUGGGAGUGUGAAGUAGACAGGAGUCAGAUGAGGCCAAGCCAUUGGCUUCCACCUCUGAACCCUGGCCCAAUAUAAUGAAGUGGUUUCUCCCCAAACCUCUCCCCAUCCUCAUUUAAGCCUGGGCUGUCAGUGUCCCAGACAUCCCCCAACAUACCCUGCUCCCUCCGCUGCUUUAGGCAAUGGUCCCCUAUCUCCCUCACCACUGAUAUCCCACCAUCGCAGAGAGCAUCACCCCCCCCAGUUCUCACCAUCCUAUUUAACCCCUCACCCCAUCUCCCCCACCACUGAUUUCCUACCAUCUUGAACAGCAGUCCCCACUCCCUCACCAUUCUACUUAAACCCCAAUCCACACCCCCAGCUACUGGCUCUCGCCUUUCGCCUCCAUCCAGAGGCGUUGUAGGGAAGCACUCGGGGACGUUGCAGGGUACCUUUGCACAUGCGAGUUUGCAUCAGUUCCCUCCUUGCCAAUGUUCCCUUCUGACAAGUAGUCCUGCCUUUUCUCGAGUGAGCCCAUUCAGGAGGUGCUGUCGAGGUAGGCCACAACAAGCCAGGCAGAGAUGAUGCGCACCACAGCCACUGUGUGCCAUUGGGAGGGCCUAACGUCACCUCUAGUGUAUCCUGUUCGCCCCUAAGUGUUUCAUUGUAUUGAAAGCGUACUGUAAAUCUUGUACAAGUGAUCCCUGCAAUGUGGCGUCUGGCUUCUUAUUCAAAAGUAAAGGUUAUUCAUGAAGAUACACACGAGAAGUGCAGUAGGCAACCAGCGCAUGGCUUUCUUGACAUUAAAUAUGUCGUUCAGUACAUCAUUCAGAAUGAAAAACCCGCCACCUACCUAUCACUUGCCAGCCUCAGCUAAUCUCUGCCCUCCUGCUCUGCCACACCUUCUGGCCUGCGCACCUCCCCACUGCCCUUUCAUUCCAGGUGGAAGGUGUUGGCCCUGACCUUGACUGUCCACCUCCCUUGCAGAUGUUGCCGGACCCAUUCCUUCCCCAUUGUUCAGCAAGACCACGGCUGCUUUUGUACCUCAGAGCCCCCUUUUCUGCCCUGACUUCAUGUCCAUCCAUUCCAUUCCUAUCAAUGCUUAUCUGUCUGGAGUUAAAAUCGUGAACAAGGGUCAAGGUCCCAGCCAGGCAGGGGAUUCCAGUGAUGCACCAAACUCUCGGAGAAGGAAUUUACACUCAACUCCAAAGAUUCAGAUUCAGGAUCCAAGAUUGUUUAAUGUCAUUUCCAGUGCACAAGUGUAAAGGAGAACAAAUAAUUGUUACUCCAGAUCUGAUACAGCACAAAAAAAACACAAUCAGAUAAAGAAUACAAUAAUAAUAAAAAACACAAUAAAUAAAUAAAAUAGCUAAUAUACAUAGAUUGAUUUUAUGUCCAUAAAGCGACGCUAGGCACAGGAGUGUCUGUACAUAUGGUGACUGACAGGAAAUGAUAAAGUAGUGGUGAUUGGGGGUAUGGACGGGUGGUUAGGGGGUGGAGGUGUUGAUCAGCCUUACUGUUUGGGGAAAGUAACGGUUUUUGAAUCUGGUGGUCCUGGCGCAGUUGUUAUGUAGCCUCCACCCUGAUGGGAGUGUGUCAAACAGUCCAUGAACAGGGUGGGUGGGAUCCUUCAUGAUGCUAAUGGCCAUUUACCAGUGCCUUUCUGUAUAUAUGUCCUUUUUGACGGGUAGGCUGGUGCCAGUGAUGCAUUGGGCAGUUUAAACAACCCGGUGUAGCAUCUUCCUGUCCACCACAGUGCAGCUUCCGUAGCAUGCAAUGACUCAGUUUGUUCGGAUGCGCUCCACUAUGCACCUGUAGAGUGAUGGGAGUAUGGAUGUGCAUAGUCCAGCUCCCUUCAUCCUCCUCAGAAAAUAGAGGUGUUGGUGAGCUUUCCUGACUGUGUAGCAUGUGUUCUGGGACCAAGAGAGGCUCUGUGCCCUAUUUUUUUUUAUCUGCUGUUGUUUUGUUGUUUGUUGUGUCCUGUGUUGGUUCUGCCGAGCAUUGUGAGCAUAUGCUAUGUCGAUACCUGAACGUUCAAAGUAAAAUUUAUUAUCAGAGUCCAUACAUGUCACCAUGUACAACCCUGAGAUUCUUUUUUUGUGGCAUACUUAGCAAAUCUAUAGAACAGUAAUUGUAAACAAUGAACAACAAACUGUGCAAAUGCAAAUAUAAAUAAAUAUCAAUAAAUAACAAGAUGAAAG